AUGCAUAGAAGGCUAGAGAAGAAUGGAAAGACUGCACGGGCAGUAUGGAAUGUCCAGUGCACCUUGGUCGGAGAAGAAAUCGCAAGAAAGAUUUGUGCUAUCGUAGCAGCUCCAGGAACAGUUAAUGUCGUAACGCGUAUGUUAGAUGAGGAACUUACAUUUACUCAUCUAUACAGAGAAGUUAGACAGAGGUGGAGAAGGCUUGUUAAGGCAGCUACUUUGGGUCGCCAUCUAUGGUGCAAAGCUAUGAACGAGGAACAAGGUUUUUUAUCCAAACGUUUUGCUGUUUGA